AUGGAAUGGUCAGACAUAUUCGCACCAGCUACUUUUGCAAGCCAAUUUGAAGUUCAUCAUAAGUACCAGGAUCCAGCAGAAUGGACUUUUGAAGAAAACAAGGCAUUUGAGAGCGCCUUGGCCGAAGUCGGCCUUGACUCACCGGCCUUCUUUAACCAUGUUGCAUCUAGGGUUCCUUCCAAAUCAAUGGACGACAUCAAAAGGCACUACGCGUGCUUGCUUCAAGAUGUGGAGAUGAUUGAGGCAGGAUUUUUUCCAAUGCCCAGAUAUGUGAUACCUCAUGAUCAUCAAGAUGAUGAUCAUGUGGAGAAUAAUCAAGGUGGAGGAGAUGAGGAGACUAGGAGCGAGAAAGUGGGAUCUAGUUCUAAGCAGGUGGCUAGAAAGGCAUGCAGUGGGAAUCAAAGGAAGAGAGCCAUUCCAUGGACUGAAGAAGAACACCAGUUGUUCCUCAUGGGACUAAACAAGUAUGGAAAAGGGGAUUGGAGGAGCAUAUCAAGGUACUAUGUUGUGACCAAGACCCCAACCCAAGUUGCCAGCCAUGCCCAAAAAUUCUUCCGGCGACAGACCUGCACCACUCCGACCGACCGCCGCCGGCCAAGCAUCCACGACAUCCAAACCGUCAAUUCCAGCUUCUUUCCAUACCCUCCCCAGAUGAACAUGGACCCGAUCAUGACCGAUGAACUAAUUCCUCCCCAAGUACCGAUUCCCAACCCCUACGGCAGCCUAACUCCGGCCAUGUACAACCAUCACAACAAUUUUCAUAGCAAUGAAGGACUCAUGACCAACUAUGGUACCGAGGCUGACCCCAAUUUUUCAUCGGGCACCUUAACUUUCCCUAUCGCCAGUUCCGCGAUCAACCAACCCCCUAGUGAAAUUUACCCUUCUUCGAUGUCAUACCCUAGUCCUUAUCCAAUGAACUACCCUUAG